AUGAUACGUAUUGAGAGCUAUGGAAGUGCGCAGCACAAACUUCCUAGUGCUGAAAAAUUCAGAUUACCUCAAAUGGCAAUUUGCUGCUGUCUGACGGAGACUUUGGAAAGCGGCUGUCCACAGCAACGGUAUAUUAAAAGACGAAUGCACCUCAUGCGCGUCAAGCGCAAUUUCUUUCCCAAAGUAUUCCUACCGCUUGUGCUGCAAGCGACUCACCACCAAAUUGGGUUACAAGAAACCAGUGACGUGCUUUGGAAAUAUACUCAAAAUUGA